AUGGUGUUCAAGAAUGAUGACAAGCUAGAAAUCCCUACGGUGGACAUUUUAUCGUGGUAUUUCUACCCAGGCUCCGUCCGCCGCCUAAACUUGUACAAACCUGUCUACAUCGACGCCUUUGAUCCCAAACGGCAAUACACCCACGGACAAGCACGUACCACCAUUCGCAAACUCGUGGCUGGUCUCAGGAAAGCCGGUCUGAGACAAGGCGACGUUGUCUGCGUGCACAGCUUCAAUGAUAUCAACUAUCCUGUUCUCGCCAAUGGCAUCAUAGCUGCGGGAGGAAUCUACUCUGGCACCAAUCCAGCGUACCAACCGUACGAGCUUGCCCACGCCAUCAAAGUCGCUCGCAUCAAGUUCCUGGUCGUCGAGCCUGAAAUCCUCAAGCAUGCCCUCGAGGCGGCAACGGCCAGUAGUCUACCGCAGGAGAACAUCUUCAUCUUCAACAAUCGAGACGAUCAAGUGGUGCCCAGCGGGUUCAAAUCGUGGCGGACAUUGCUGCAGCACGGCGAGGAGGACUGGGUGAGAUGGGACGAUGCGGAGAGGUCCAAGUCGACCACUGCAGCUCAUUUGUUCAGCUCGGGCACAACAGGCCUGCCGAAGGCCGCCAUGCUGAGUCACUACAACUUGAUCGCCCAGCACUGCCAGAUUACCGAGUGGAAACCUAAGCCAUACGCUAUCAAGAAGAUCACCGCAACACCCAUGUUCCACGUUGCAACAGCUCCGACAUGCCACUUUUCUCCCCUUAAAGACGGCGCCGACACGGUGAUCAUGAGACGAUUCGAUACCGAGGGCUAUCUCAAGACCAUCCAGGACCAUCAGAUCACCGACGUUGCGACUGUGCCGCCGAUGGUGCUGUCCAUUAUUCAGUCGGAUCUGGAAGACAAGUAUAGUUUGAAGUCUGUCAAAUUCGCAACCUGUGGAGCAGCACCCUUGGAGAAGCGCCAGCAGGCUAGAUUCCAGGCACUCUUGAGUGAAGGUGCAGUUUUCACACAGGUUUGGGCUACUACGUGGCUAAUACCACGUACAGAGACAACCUGCAUUUGCACCAACACCCCGUUCCCCGGAGAAGAUGAUACCGGCAGCGUGGGCCGCCCAGUACCCGGCAUUGAGCUCAAGCUCGUCGACGCUGAGGACCCGACCAAAGAGAUACACGAGUAUGGCGUCCGCGGCGAAGUCUGUAUCAGAGGCGUGACUGUCAUUCGAGGCUACCUGGAUGAGCAGGCCACACGGGACUCAUGGGAUAGUGACGGGUUCUUCCACACCGGAGACAUUGCUUACUGCGAAAAGGGGACCGGGAAGUGGUACAUUGUCGAUCGGAAGAAGGACCUAAUGAAGGUUCGCGGAUUCCAGGUCGCACCACCGGAGCUGGAAGCAGUCUUGCUCGAGCAUCCGGGAGUGUACGAUGCUGCAGUGAUUGGCGUCAAGAAGAACAAGGACGAUGACUCGGAGUAUCCACGAGCGUACAUCGUUCGAAGAGACAACGACGAAGGUAGGCGGCUUGAUGGAAAGGCGGUCUUCGAGUACAUGGGGACCAAGCUGGCAAAGUUCAAGAGACCGGAAGGCGGCGUGGUGUUUAUGGAUGCGAUACCGAAGAAUCCCAGUGGAAAGAUUUUGAAGCGAGAACUGCGGGAG